AAGUUGGGCAGCUCGGAGAGGGAGAGGAUGUUGUUGCUAUGCACGCCGGCGAGCUGCGCACUCACACCAAUGGACAUUUAAAGGGAAAUAACAACGCGCUCUUUGUACCCAUCCAAGUUUUCGCAGAAUUUCAUAGUAUUUGCUAAACUAUCAUGUGUGCUUCUGUGAACGGUCAUCUGGACUCAUUGUGGCUAUAAUAACAGCGAGCAUCAGAAUAGGCGACAGGAACAAUAGGUUUUGGGUCUAUUUUUUUCGGAGGAGGUUCUGUGUCCUAUCUUUCCACUAUAGCCAAACCCUGUCGCCAUCUUGAAUUUUAAUGUAAAUUAUCUUGCAGUUUUUGGUUGCUAUAUGGAAUAUUUUGUAAGACAUUCCGCUCGUCUCGGGCGCUUGUGACGGACAUGUCUUAACAUAGGAAAAAGAACAAAGUGCACCCCGGAUUGAAAAUACACUUGGCAAUAUUUACUCUGAUUGCCCUGCAAGCGGGAAAUAAAACCGCUUCUUGCAUGUUACUCAUGAUUUCUCAUAAGUACAUAGAAGCUAAAUGAGCCUUCACCAGAAAGAGUGCUGGUAUGAAGUAGAUGGGAGAAUCCAAGAUCAUGGUGCUGAAUGGAAGGAGACAUGGCAGUAGGUUCUCCAGCAAUCAGCCCGUUGGGAAGACCAGGCUGCAAAAUAGUCAGAGGGCCCCCCUGCGCCAGAGCAAAAGCUCCCCUAGUGGCAGGAGAUGCAGCCGGCGUAAGUGCUCUGGUGUCAGUGGUGCAGCCCCAGAGCCAGAGAGGCGCCAUGUGCCCUCAUCAGGGAUGACUGCUAAGGAGCUCUGUGAAUAUGAUGACUUGUCCACCAGCCUGAUUCUGGAUUCUUACUUGGGUUUUCAGACUCACAAGAUGAAUACAAGGUUUCGCCCAAUCAAAGGUCGACAGACAGAGCUUAGAGAAGUGAUUGAAAGCUUCAAGAAGAAUGACAACCUGGAUAAAGCUUUCCAGGCUUUGACAUCUGCAGACUGGAGACGACAUCACUUUCUCAAUAAGACAAAGGCCCAGGAGAAGCUGUUCAAAGCACAUGUCUUUGUUUACUUGCGUAUGUUUGCAGCAGACAGUGGGUUUGAGAUUCUUCCAUGCAAUCGCUAUUCCUCUGAGCAAAAUGGAGCCAAAAUUGUAGCAACAAAAGAUUGGAAAAGGAACGAUGAAAUUGAGCACCUUGUGGGUUGCAUUGCUGAGCUGUCUGCUAAUGAAGAGAAGAUGUUGUUACGACAUGGAGAGAAUGACUUCAGUGUCAUGUACUCUACGCGUAAGAACUGUGCUCAGCUUUGGCUGGGACCUGCUGCUUUUAUUAAUCAUGAUUGUCGGCCAAAUUGCAAGUUUGUAUCCACAGGUCGAGACACUGCAUGUGUCAAGGUCCUGCGGGACAUUGAACCAGGGGAAGAGAUCUCCUGUUACUAUGGAGAUGGCUUCUUUGGCGAAAACAACGAAUUCUGUGAAUGCUAUACUUGUGAAAGGCGUGGCACUGGUGCUUUUAAGUCAAAAGCAGGACUGCCUGUUGAGGUCACAGUAAUCAAUAGCAAGUAUGGCCUGAGGGAGACUGACAAGAGGCUCAACAGACUAAAGAAGUUGGAAGAGGGCAGUAAGAAAUCAGACAGCCAAUCUGUUGCCUCUACUGAAGCAGAGUCUCAGGAACCACUCAGUGGACAGACAUCAUUACGCAAGAGGAUGUCACAACCCUGUCUCAAAGCGCAAUGCAAAGGCAGAGCUGUGACGAGGCAAACUCGGCCAAGCACUCCUACCUCUACCUCAGCCCCUAAACGAAGUCAACCAACCAACUCAAGUUUACCAAAGAGACUUAAGUCUAAGCCUGCACAGCCUUUGUCUAAAGCAAGGAGACGGCGUCAAGCAACAGGACUGAAAGCGCCUACUAGAGCAAAUGUAAGGAACUUGAGCCUCAAGCAGCCUUGCAAAAGAGAGGCAGACAGUCGAGGAGUCCCUCAUUUUUCUGGCUGCAAGGGUGGCAUUAAGCCUGCUGCAGAUCAUGAAAACAAUCAGAACUCCCCAAAGGGUGUUUCAGCCUGCAAGGGCAAUGUGUCUUGCCCAUACAGAACUCGCAGGUCCAACAGGACCUCUCUUGGUGCUCAUGAGAGUGAUGUAGGCAAGCGUGGCCCAAAGCCAAGCAGCACAAGCAAGGUUGCGGGUAGCACGGCUAUCAAAAUGGAACCUGAUGAUUUUGUUCCGACAAUGCCUGGUCAUCCGAUUAACAUCCCCAGCCUCGAAGCCAGCUGUCCCAAGAAAGGCACAUGCCCAAGACGGAGGAGGAUGAUAAAACAGGAGGAAACUGUUACCUACAUCGACGAUCUUCUUCAGGAGGGCGUGCCUGACCUGCGGCAUGCAGCACAUGCUGCUGAUGUGGCGGAUUGUGCCAAGGUGCCACUUACUCUGCCAGAGCGGCAUUACGAAAGCUUGGCAGAGAGUUCCAGGGUGUCACGGCGCAUGAAGGGGGGCAAGAAAAAACGGCGCAUCACACGCUACGACGCACAAUUGAUCUUGGAGAACAAUACAGGCAUCCCCAAGCUGACACUGCGGCGGCGACAUGACAGCAGCAGCAGCAAGAGGAAAGAGCAUCGAGAUGCCAAGGCUGUGCGGCGCUCCUCAAAGAUCAGCAUCAAAUUCAGCAAAGAGCGGGAAAAUGAGCGUGCUGGCCUGUAUGUGGCCAAGCUGAACAACGGCUUUGGUCACGGGCCUCACGGUAGCUCUACCAAGCUGAAGAUCCAGCUAAAGCGUGAAGAGGAUGUGACCUUCACAGGUUUAGUCAAGAGGGAGGAAGGUGAAGUUCUGGAGAGAGAAGUGGGAGUUCAGAUGGGUCGGAACGUCAAGGAGGACUCGCUGACUUCGGAAGAUGAGGAGGACUACUUUGACAAUGAGGAUGAUUUCAUCCCUCUUCCACCAGCGAAACGUCUGCGGCUCAUUGUGGGCAAAGAUUCCAUAGAUAUUGACAUCUCCUCAAGAAGGAGAGAGGACCAGUCACUCAGACUCAAUGCUUAAGCUAUGUAAAUAACCCUCAGUCCUACCAAUUACGUGUUCAUUUUGAAUGACUUAAUUUAAAUGUGGAGUAAGAAUGGCAAAUGUACAGUGAAAUCAACACAAGAUAUCUUUCUCUACAUUUUAAUGGUGGCACUUCUUUAUCGUUUAUUCUUCAUGAAUAUAAAUAUUGUAGAAACUGUACAGAUGUGUAUGAAUUCUAUUUGUCAAUUUAACGUGCAAAUGUUAAUCAGUGUUUUGUCCAGCUUUGCAGUUUUAUUCCAUAAGAGGGAUAGUUCAAUCAACACUAAAAAGCUAACAGGGUGAUGAAAACCCAUAGACGGGGUGGUCUGAUUUUCAUUACUAACUUGCCUGCAGACCUUCAAUCAUUAUUGGGCAUUUUAGCAUGUUUUGGUGGAACUAUUCCUUUCACAUCUCAGUCUGGUAAGAGGUAAAAGGGCUGGAAUCUGUUCACCCAUUUUCCAAAAUGCAAUGCAUGUGUUCACCUCCGAAGCUAGCUAUCAGUUAUUGAGUUGAAACAGCAGUGUGCAGGAUCUUGUUUGACUCAUUGUGUCUAAAGGGAAUUGUAAAAAAGUAAAAUUUGUAAUUUGGUUAAAAAAAAAAAAAAAAAAAAAAUUCCCUACAGGACUGUUUGAAUGUUUGCAUUACAUUUUGUCCACCUAAAGGCCAUGGUGCUCACUGUUGUGGCCUGUAAUCCAUCUGACAUGUGGAACAUGAAAUCCCAUAGAAAACUGUUUUAAAACAAAAGCCAGCAAAAAUAGGCCCAUGCUAAAAACAUUUAGAGUAAUCUAUUCAAAAAUUCUAUAAUUACUAUUUAAAUUAUUUGACCUUGGUUCUUUGCUUUGCAAUGAUGUAAUCAUUUAAAGCAUUUAAUCCUUCACUGUAUGAGUAGGCAGCUGAUGUUUAACUUGUUUAUUUUCUAUUUUUUCAUCGGGUACCCCUGAUGCUGUCUGUAAGCUAAAGAGAGUUUAUCAGAUUCUAGUUUUCAUAAAGAUCACAACAAUCCCCCAAGAUAGUUCUCUUUAGAAUAUGGACACAACCAUGUGUGACGUAUACAUGCACUUUGGGGAGGGAGGGGGCUUGCUCACUGUAUAUUCUGGAACCUGUUUUUAUUUAACUCUUUUUGAGUACUUGAAAAUAUUAAAGUCAUUUUUGAGA